UUGAGAUAGAGAGAGAGAGAGAGAGACUGAAAAAUGAGGAGGCAGCUCGGCGUUUGUCCAGCUCCAUUUCACUCGAUCACCGCCGCUGGGGCAACACAGAUUUCCGGUUAAGCAUUGUAACAGAAGAUCAUUCAGCUCCUCUUCACUCUACCACCGCCUUUGGAGAAGGCUUACAACCAAUGGAGUUGUGCUAGGAUUGAUAGUGACAAAUGUUGCCGUCUUUAUACUAUGGAGGGUUGCAGGCAUUCCGUUUAUGGUGAAGAAUUUCAUGAUUUCUGUAGACAACAUUCGAAGUGGCCGGCUGCACACGCUAAUUACCAAUGCUUUCAGUCAUAUAAAACAGCUUGACAUUAUUUCAAAUAUGAUCACACUCUACUUCUUUGGAACAGCUAUAGGAAGAUAUUUUGGACCACAAUAUUUGCUGAAGUUGUAUCUAGCUGGUGCACUUGCUGGCUCGAUCUUCUAUGUGGCAUAUAAGGCUUUCGUAGCACCAUUAUUCCACAAGAUUGAUAAGCGAGGUUUUCCCCACUCGCAUGCUCCAGCACUGGGUGCAAGUGGUGCUACGACUGCGAUACUGCUGCUCUAUAUAUUUCUAUUUCCAAAAAAGACCAUCUUUGUCGAUUUCAUUAUACCAGUUCCUGCUGCUUUAGUGGGGGUUCUUAUCAUUGGCAAGGACAUUUGGAGGGUACUGCAGGUACGUUUACCAUUGAAAUUUGAUUCAUCGUCAUAAUACUCAAUAGUUGAAACGUGUCUUUGUAAUGCUGGGUGACCGAGAAAUUGCAGGAUCCACUCAUUUAGGUGGAGCAGCAGUGGCUACCGUUGUGUGGCUGCAGAAGAGGAAGGGACGCUUUGGUCGAUUCUGAGAUUUCUAACUCAUUAUAGUCUAGAUCCAUUGUCUUAUUGGAUUAUCUUUCACUGGCUAUGAGAUUUUAAUUAUGAAAUGAGUUGCUUGCA